GAAAAAUGAGAAACCCAAUAUAAAUAUCGUUUUUGAAAGCGGACUCAAUGAUUAUUUGCGUGAUUUAAUACAAAGUCAUCACUUUAAAACGGCAGUUAAUGAAGACAACGUUUAUAUUCUCAAGUCAAGCUUGAAUUUUUUCAAAUCGAAAUCCUCUGAAUUAAUGGAAAAAUACUGCAACAUUAUUGAUACCAGUCGAUUAUUUUAAUGCUAUUGGAGGCUUUGAAGUGGAAAUAUUUCAAAAAUUAAAAAUAAUGCGGCAAAAAAUCAAAGCUAAAACAGAACUACUAAACACUACAUUAGAAAAAGUUGAACAACAGCAACAAAAUAUAAAUAUUGAUGAUAUAGUGCCGGUGAUAUCAAAUAAACCCACAAUACAAUUAGAUGCCGAACCCGAUUUUGAUAUCGAUGACAUGGAAGAAGAAGAAAGGCAAAUGAAAUACGGAAAAAAUGUACUGAACAAGAGGCGAAAGACCAAAAUUGUGCGAAGAAACUACUGUAACGUAGCGCCUGAAGAUGACUUGAUAGAUGUAAAGCCUAUGUAUGAUCUAUGUGAAGACGAGGAACCUUCGGAAGAUGCCGAACAAACUUAUUUAAAGCAAACAAUAUAUGAUGAUAACGCUUAUAACUACAACUUUAAUUCAAAUGGCUGCGAAUUGGAUGAUGUAUUAAACGGUCGUAAAUCCAUAUUCAAUGGUUAUGCCUAUAAAGAUUUUGAUGAAGAAAAGCAAACACCACAACUUGAUGAAGAUGGAUUUCAAAUUUAUGAUCCCGUACAAUUUGAAUUGGCCAAUUAUAAUUACAAUUACACUACCACCGCUACAAGCAAUGUAUCUAUUGAUGAUGAUGACGAUAAUCGACCCAGUACUAGUAGUCACCGUUCAUCUUUAGCGAAUGAUUUGCUAAAAACACCCACAUCAAAAACCGAUAAACGGCCAAAUUUAACAAAAUCUGCUCAAAAAAUAGCUGGUAACUUUCAUUCGAAUGUUCACAAUGAUGGCAUAACCGGCGAAUUCGAUGGCCUCAAUUAUCCGCAUUCCGAAAGUAUGAUGCAAGCUUUACGGUUUAAUUUUGGACUCAAAAGUUUUCGUCCUAAUCAACUGCAGGUGAUAAAUGCUGCUCUCUUGGGACAUGAUUGUUUUGUGCUGAUGCCAACUGGCGGUGGCAAAUCGUUGUGCUAUCAAUUGCCCUCCAUAUUGACAGAAGGUGUUACAAUUGUUAUAAGUCCUCUAAAAUCACUUAUUUGCGAUCAAGUGAAUAAAUUGGCUUCGCUGAAUAUCAAUGCCAAAAACUUUUCAGGUGAUCAAUCUUUUCAAGAACAACGUGCAAUAUAUUGUGAUUUAGAGACUACACCGCCUCGCAUUAAAAUUUUAUAUGUUACUCCUGAAAAGAUAUUCAAUUCGACUAAAUUUCAAGAUCUCCUAGACACUCUAUAUAACAAUAACUCGAUUAGUCGUUUUGUAAUUGACGAAGCCCAUUGUGUAUCACAAUGGGGUCACGAUUUUCGUCCCGAUUAUAAACGUUUGGGUAUAUUGAGAAAACGUUUUCCCAAGGUCAACACAAUGGCUCUGACAGCCACUGCCACACCUCGUGUAAGACUGGACAUAUUAAAACAGUUGAACUUAACCAAACCAAAAUGGUUUCUAUCUAGUUUUAAUCGUACCAAUCUCAAAUACACAGUAUUGCCGAAAAAAGGCGCCGCCACUAUGAAUGAUAUUCGAAUGUUUUUAAGUUCGCGGCCCUCAACGGACAGUGGUAUUAUAUAUUGUCUGUCACGUAAGGAAUGUGAUGAUGUGGCGAAAAAUAUCUGUUCGUUGGGUGUACGAGCAUGUGCUUAUCAUGCCGGUUUGAGUGAUAGUGUACGAGAAUCCCGGCAAAGAGAUUGGAUUACAAACAAGGUGCGAGUCAUAUGUGCUACAAUAGCAUUUGGUAUGGGUAUAGAUAAGCCCGAUGUACGUUUUGUUUUGCAUUACUCCAUGCCCAAGUCAAUAGAGGGUUAUUAUCAAGAGGCUGGUCGCGCUGGUCGUGAUGGUGAAUUAGCCCAUUGUGUUUUGUACUAUAACUAUAGUGAUGUGGUACGCUAUCGCAAAAUUAUGGACAUGGACAAAUCUGUAUCAUAUGACGUUAAAAGGACCCAUUUAGAAAAUUUAAAUCGCAUUGUGGGAUAUUGUGAAAAUGUUAUUGAUUGUCGUCGAGCACUGCAGUUGGAUUACUUCGGCGAACAUUUUACCAGAGAUGAAUGCUUGAAAAUUAAAGAAACUGCAUGUGAUAAUUGCUUGAAACAGAAACGUUAUCAGAAAAUCGAUGCUUUAGAACAAUGUCGUAAAGUUGUUCGCUGUGUAAAGAAUAUAUGUAGUGAACGUUCUCGAUUCACUCUACAGCACAUUGCUGAUGUACUUAAAGGCUCAAAUAUAAAAAAAAUCAUCGAUAAUGGUCACAAUAAAACAACCUACCAUGGUAUGCUUAAAGAUUGGGAUAAGGCUGAUAUUCAAAGACUGUUACGCACAAUGGUAACACAAGAAUAUUUACGUGAAGAUCUUAUAUUUGACAAUGAUAUACCACAGGCGUAUAUCUAUUUAGGAGCUAAAGUUGAAAUAAUCAUGAAAGAGAAAAUCAGCAUGGAAUUCGCCUUGACGCGCAAAGACGGAAAAGCCCAAGCGCUUUUUCUUAGUAAUGAGAGUGGAACCAAACCAUCCUCGAAAAUCAGCCAACAACUCAAAGAGAUCUACGAACGCUGUUACUCCGAUCUUCUGGAUCUUUGUCGUACAAUUGCUACUGCUCGUAAUGUUACCAUGGCCAGUAUUAUGAAUAUACAGGCCAUAAAGACAAUGGCAGAACAACUGCCCGAAACUGAAACGGCGAUGUGUUCAAUACCUCAUGUUACAAAAGCGAAUUUUGAUAAAUAUGGUAAAGAAUUAUUAAAGAUUACUAGAAAUUAUGGGACUCAUAAAUUUUGUCUACUAAUGGAUCUGGAGGAAAUCGAAGAAGCAGAGAAAGAGAAAACAUCUGCGGCAACAUCAUCGACGCUGAAACGCUUACGUGCGGAUAGUAGCGACGAUAGUGACGACAAUGAUGGUGAAGAUUGGGGUAGAACAGCUUCUUCACAAGGCAGUGGUGGAAGUGCUACGAAAUAUGGUAAAUCAAGUGGUGCGGCUGCUUCAUCGUCCUGGAAAGGUGCUGGAACGUCAGAAACGUGGUGGACAGGGUAGAUCAGUGAAGGAAGCUCAUGGUUAGCCAAGAUAACUGGUGCAAGUGACGGUUUUCAAUUGAUGCAUUUACCCAGCUCAUAUAGCAUUUUUUAACAUUUUUAUUUCAACAUUAAAACUGUUUUUUUAUUAUUGUUUUUUACCGAUAUUUCUUUAGUUUGUAACUUUUAUCAUUUUCAUUAAGUAUAUUUCUUUAUAAAAAAUAGUCUUAAAGAAUAGCUCGAUAGAGGAAAAUCAUGAAAUUGUGAAACCAAUUUGUUUACCCCGUACAUUAAAUGUAAAAUGAAUAUUAUUACGAAAUUGAAAGAAAAGAAAUUAUCACUUUAAAUUUAAUAUAAGUGAUAAUUUAGAAAAAAAAAAAAUGACUUUUUUCAAGAGAAACCUAAUGUUUUACAUCCCACAUUAAAUGUAAAAUCAAUAAAUUCAGACAUAAUCAUCUGUAUUAAUAAUCAUCUGGCUCGAUUGUGAAUUAUGAACUACAUGUAAAUAAAUAAAAACAAAUUAUGCAUUUCCCGAUCGGUAAAUUAUUCUCAUUGAGCUCCCAAAUAAUAUUGGCAACUUUAAAAAAAAAAUAACAAUUAACGACAUGGCAAUACAGUGUAGAAUUU